AUGAUCUCCGCCUUGCGAAAGAAGCUAGGCGGAGGAGAUGGGAAGGAAGGUGGUUCCAACAAUGCGAAUAUGCCGGCUGGUGUUGGGAAAUUGGACCAACAAUUACAGAAGAAAUAUGCUAGAGGGGUUCAGUAUAACAUGAAAAUUGUCGUACGUGGAGAUCGUAACGUUGGAAAGAGCUGUUUACUACGCAGACUUCAAGGACAACAAUUUCAAGAAGACUACACCCCUACCGAAGAGAUACAGGUCGCAAAUAUCCACUGGAACUACCGAGCUACUGAUGACGUCGUCAAAGUUGAUGUCUGGGAUGUUGUGGAUCAGAGUCGAAAGAAGAGGGUAAAAUCCGACAAGUUGAAGCUGGCCAACCAUGCGGCGGCUGAAGAAUUCGAAGAUGUUGCCUGUGAUGCCCGUUUUGUGGAUGUUUACAAGGGGUGUCAUGGAGUGAUCUUCGUUUUUGAUAUUACGAAGCAAUGGACUUGGGAAUAUGUAACGACAGAGAUCGUGAACGUGCCAGCAAAUGUACCGGUAAUGAUCCUCGCAAAUCGCCGUGACAUGGGUCAUCACCGCCAAGUCACCGACGAAAUGGUCAGCCACUUCAGCCAACAAUACAAUGAG